CUGAUAGCCAUUCCCUCUAAUCCCUUCUGAAUGUCCUGCUGAGCGCUGAAAGCCAAAUUUAGACCUGCUGCAGGACCGAUGACUGAAUGCAAAUUGUUUCCAUUAGACUGAAGGCAGCAAGACCCCCAUCUGCCACCCCUCAGACGUCUUCACCUUCACAGAGGUCGCAACAGAGAGACCAGCAAGAUGUCUGAGAAAAAGAUGUCGUCAAGCCGCAGGCAACAUCUGAAGAGCUUGCUGCUUCAGAUCGCUCAUGGCCUUUUGGAGGAAGAGGCGGCUGAGGCUGAGCAGGAAAAACAGAGAUAUAUGGAGGAGAACUGCCCUGCUCUCUCAAUGCCAGGAAACAUGCAGGAACUACAGGAGCUGUGUAGGAAGUUGCACCAGCAGAUUGAUGUCGUUGAUGAACAAAGAUAUGAUAUGGAGAGCAAAGUGGCCAAGUCAAACAAGGAGGUUGAAGAUCUGAAGAUAAAGGUUCAGGACCUGAAAGGUAAAUUCAAGAAACCUGUUCUGAAGAAAGUGCGUAUGUCUGCUGAUGCCAUGCUGCAGGCCCUGCUGGGAUCCAAACACAAAGUGUCCCUGGACCUGAGAGCCAACCUCAAACAGGUCAAGAAAGAGGUCAAGGAGGAGGAGAAGGAGUCAGUGGGAGACUGGCGUAAGAACAUCGAGGAUAAGGCUGGUAUGGAUGGCAGGAAGAAGAUGUUUGAGUCUGAGGCCUAAAUUAGUUUUUCUUUUAUAAAUUUACAUUUCCAUACAACAGUCAGAUUGUCUUAAUUGUCACGGUCUUCAGGGUUCUGAGAGAUAAAAAGUGGUAAUGUUAUCCAUUUUGUGAAGCGAUGUCACAGUUGGUUUUUUUUUUA